GCGGCUGCGGCAUUGGCAGCGACCCGGUUUCUCUCUCCUCGCCCUCCUUCGCGCCAGCAGCCCGGCUGGCUGUCACCGCCGAGGCCAGGCGGGAUGGGGCCCCUCAAGGAAAGCUGCAAGAAGGAUCACAAGAUGCAGGACAAGGAGUUUUGCCGCAGCCGGAUUCCUCGCCUGGUACUUCGGCCUCAUCUCCCCCAGCAACAUUUCCAAUACCAGAAAGUGUCUCCAGCAUCCGAAUCCCCCUUUUCUGAAGAGGAAAGCAAAGAAUUCAACCCUUUAAGCUCAUCUGGAGGGUCUGCCAGGACAAUUAGCAGCAACAGUUUUUGCUCAGAUGACACAGGUUGCCCCAGUAGCCAAUCAGUAUCUCCAGUUAAGACUCCACCAGAUACAGGAAACAGUCCAAUCGUUUUCUGUACAGGCAGUGAUGGGGGAGACUAUGCCAGAAAGAAAUUUAAUUCAGGAACGGUGGCAGAUGGAACUCAUCAGCCGGCUCGAUAUAAAAAGGAAGCAAAGACAAACCUCAUAAAGCCAGGAAGCGAAGCUGAUUUUAGUUCAUCGAGUAGUACAGGAAGCAUUUCAGCUCCUGAAGUCCACAUGUCUGCUGGUUCCGGAAACAAAAGAUCAUCAUUUUCCCGCAACCGGGGGCCUCAUGGACGCAAUCAUGGUUCCUUGCCUUGUAAGUCUGGGUCCAGCCCUCCAACCACAGCUCGUGAGAAGGACUUCUUGUCGAUGCUGUGCAAAAAUCAAUUGAGUCCUGUCAGUCCCCAUCAGAAUUAUGGUGCCUCUUCAGCCAGUAGCAGCAAUUCCAGUUCAUAUAAGGGAAAUGAUAACAGCCCGACUUUUAGGCAAGUGAACUUCUCCAUAAUAUUUAUCUCCUUGUAUCCUACCACUUCCCAAAUCUUUAAACUCUUUCAUCUCUAG